GUUGGUGAAAGACAUGAAAGAGGAGGAAACAGCAGCUGAGAUGAAUGGUGAAACUAAAGUGAAAGUAAAAGAAGAGGUGAAAGCAGAAAGCGAAGUCGAACCUACACUGGAAGUAAACACAGACACACAACAGGAGGAAGCGGACCUUAACAUGGAAACUGAUAGAAGAAAAGAGGACAUGGAAAUGAGAGUGCCCGCAUCACCACCCAAGUCACCGAACCAUUCCAGUAAUACGCCCCUAAACCAUCAGUACGUCCGCCUGGGUCCCUACAGAAAUGUGAGAUUUGAGGCGAUGACACAGGCAUCAGAUGAUGAGGAUGUGCCCUCAACAUCCCGAUCCCCCAGAGGUAGAGCAUCUGCCAUGGGCCGUGGACAUGGAGUGCAUGGUUCUCAGCAUAGCCCUGGAGGUAGACGAAAUUGGGAGGAUCAUCUCAGUCAAGAGGACUUAAUGAAAGUCAGAGAUUUACGCAUGCAGAGGAUUCUAUAUGGACGUGGUCAGAUAAACAACUUGAACCUCAGCCAGGCACACGAAGUGUUGGAGCAGUGUUUGACUCUGCACCCAAGUUUGAUUUUUGAAGUCUUAAACAAGUGGCACGGACCUUCUGCCCGUCCAACUCUUGGGCCUGUUUUCACGGGCCAGCCAUGUUGGUGUGUCUGUGGUAGAUGCCGAGAGAUGCCGACAUUGGUGGAGAGGAAAUGCUGCAGAGAGCCACCAGCGACUUGCAUUUCACGGGUUCCGGAAAUGGAGGCAUACGUUCUAGACGAGGGAGGUCUGUCCUUGGCUCGGGUGCUAUGGAACAAACUGAGUCCCGUGGCGGACCCUCAGGAUGAUGCAGAGUACGCCAGGCAGUAUAGGCAUGCGGCGUACAGGCAGUUUGUUGCAUGGAGGUGCGGGACUCUGGGUGCAGGACAAACAGUGGUCGUCAUUCCCAGUUGUUGUGUGUGGGCCAUUCGUGACCACUUUCCAGACCCACAUGGGCAGUAUGACGGUUUCAUACUAAGGAGGGCGUAGUUGCUACUACUACUUUGAAUUUUUUUAGAUAGUUUUAAAUGUUGUGUAAUACUGUACUGUAUGUGUGAGUUUUUGUUGGGUUUCAUCUCAAUUGAAUAAUAGUUUACAUUUCAUAUGACGGUUAGUUGCUAAUAUAAAAUUUAUAAUAUUGCUAAUGACUCAUAUGACAACAUGAUCUCCAAUUUUUCCGUGCUCCUGGACACGGAUGUUAAGGACACAAAAUCUGUGUCGAGGAGCACGGAUUUUGCCAAAAUUCCGUGCUCCUGGACACGGAAUUGUUUUCCGUGCUCCUGGACACGGAAUUGUUUGAAGUGCUUUCUAUAGGCUAUUUCCGCAGUCUUGUGUUUUCUCAGGAUUUUUCUAAUUUCAAAUAUGAUGUGCAAUUCUGUAUAACUAUAGUUUUGCUAACAUUAUUAUAAUGCUAAUUAUCUCAAUAUUUUUAUUCCUGUUAUUAUUCCUAAU